UAGACUGGAUAUACAACAGGCCAUUUUCAAUCAUCGCUGCGUCUGUUAUCUGUGCAGAACAAGGAGAAAGAAAGAUCGAGACUCGAAGAAGAUGAUAGAGGUGAUUCUGAAUGACAGGUUGGGGAAGAAAGUUCGAGUCAAAUGCAACGAAGACGACAGCAUCGGCGACCUUAAGAAACUAGUCGCGGCUCAGACUGGUACCCGACCUGACAAGAUUCGGAUCCAGAAGUGGUACACUAUAUACAAGGAUCAUAUUACCCUCCAGGACUAUGAAAUUCACGACGGCAUGGGUCUCGAGCUCUAUUACAAUUAGCUCCUCUGCUUCCUUCCUUUGGUAUUUCUUUUCUCUCUAAUUCCAUGUGUUCGACAUUAAUAAUUAUAUUAGAAUGUGUUAAUUAAUAAUUAAUGAACUGGUAUAUGUACUUAAUUGAAAACCUUGUUCGCUUAACAAUCUUGUCUUCGUGUUUGUGUUUGUUUGCGCCAUUGGAGUUGGAUGUUUUCAUUGAAUUUCA